UCCCCGCACCACCCAACAACAACAAAGUGGAGGACGACCCCAAGGUUGCACUUUUGUUGAAGAUCAUCAUCGACUGAUCAUUGAAGGAGUUCCGACUAACUCCCCUGACAACUGGUGUUGCUAUCAAGAGUGAACAAUAUGCCCUCCCUUCAAGUUAACGGCAAAAUCAUCCGUAACAGGCUACAUGAGGCCAAGACUCUAUCACCAUCAGAGGUUAACACUGAAAAUGUCCCUCAAACUGGAGAGCAAGUUCUAAAUCCUGAUGUCACUCCUGGUAUAUCUGGUGUAGGAAAUACUAAAAGAAAAUGUUCUAAGAAAUCCAAACACAGUGAAGAAGAGAAUGCAUUGAAAAAUUCCAUAGGUACAUUGAAUCAGCCACAAGAUGAUGAUUCGUGGUUUGGAGAAUAUGUUGUAUCCGAACUGCGUCAAUUACGUUCCAUCGAAAAGACUGAAACGUACGAUCAUGAAAGCAAUAAUAAAAAUUGGAGAAAAAGAGGACCAUGAAUUCUCAUCCCCUACUUCUACCCUUGUACUUCAAAGUUCAUACACUGAUUUGACAGAUAAAGACUUCAUUCCUUCUGAGUCAGAUGCUCAGACAAGUGAUGUUGGUGACAUCAGCUUCCAGUACUCUUUAACAGAAUUAUAGCUAGUUCUACUAACCUUGAGAUAAUCCUCCUUCAGAACAUCAUACAGUGCAGUGCAUACUUCUGGAAUUAUUUUUGCUUUAGUAGCAACUGGUAUACGGAAAGCAUACAUUAGUGAGUGAUAACUAUCUCCUGAAAAGCAAAUUCGUAUAUAAUAUAGUUAUAAAUUAUAUACUACAUGACAGUGUAAAAUAUUUAGUUUAAUAUAUAUGUUAAUUGUUCUUUUUAUGUUUACCUAUUUUCAUGAUAAUAAUAAUAAUUGCACAUAUAAGUUUUUUUUUAAUUAUUGCUUUUUAGUUUCUCAGUAUAAUUUGAUAAUAAAUAUAA